AUGUUGCGCCUCUCCUCUUCACUACCUACAUAUCACAUUAUCCGAAGAUCAAUCAUGGCUCAGCAAAAGAAGAACAGAGUUUUUGUCAUUGGCGUAGGAAUGACAAAGUUCGAGAAGCCGGGAUCCAGAGAGGACUUUGACUACCCUGAUAUGGCCAAGGAAGCAGGACAAAAGGCCCUGGCAGAUGCUGGGGUUCCGUAUUCUGCCAUUGAGCAGGCGUGUGUAGGCUAUGUCUAUGGGGACUCCACCUGCGGUCAGAGGGCCAUCUACCACGGCCUGGGCCUGUCGGGCAUCCCCAUCAUGAACGUGAACAACAACUGCUCCACGGGCUCCACGGCCCUCUUCAUGGCCCGCCAGCUGGUGCAGGGAGGACUGGUGGAAUGUGCGCUGGCUCUCGGGUUUGAGAAGAUGGAGAGGGGCUCUCUGACGUCCAAGUACAUGGACCGGACCAACCCCAUGGACCGCCACAUGGAGGUGAUGAUCAACCGCUACGGCAUGGUGCCCGCCCCCGCCGCCGCCCAGAUGUUUGGCAACGCCGGGCGGGAGCACAUGGAGAAACACGGUACGAAACCAGAGCACUUUGCCAAAAUUGCAUGGAAGAACCACAAGCAUUCAACCAACAACCCCUACUCCCAGUUCCAGGACGAGUACAGUCUGGAUCAGGUCAUCAACUCCAGGAAGGUGUUUGAGUUCCUCACGCUGCUGCAGUGCUGCCCCACGUCGGACGGCGCGGGGGCGGCGGUGCUGGCGAGCGAGGCCUUCGUCCGUCGCCACGGGCUGGAGCGGCAGGCGGUGGAGAUCGUGGCCCAGGAGAUGGUGACGGACCUGGCCAGCACCUUCACAGAGGACAGCUGCAUCAAGAUGGUGGGCUACGACAUGACCCAGCUGGCCGCGCGGAGGGUGUUCGCGGCGGCGGGGCUGCAGCCCGGCGACGUGGAUGUGGUGGAGCUCCACGACUGCUUCUCGGCCAACGAGCUGAUCACCUACGAGGCCCUGGGGCUCUGCGCAGAGGGUAAAGCGGGGGAGCUGAUUGACCGGGGGGACAACACCUACGGGGGGAAGUAUGUGGUGAACCCCAGCGGCGGCCUCAUCUCCAAGGGACACCCCCUGGGCGCCACAGGCCUGGCCCAGUGUGCUGAGCUGUGUUGGCAGCUGCGCGGGGCGUCUGAGCGGCGCCAGGUCCCGGGGGCCCGAGUGGCCCUGCAGCACAACAUCGGCCUGGGGGGGGCGGUGGUGGUCACACUGUACCGGCUGGGGUUCCCCCUGGGGGGCGGCGGAGCUCGUGUUACGGCCGCCCCCACCAGCGCAGGCCUCGAGGACUUUAAAGCCUACGGCGUCUUUCAAGAAAUCGAGAAAAAACUGCAAGAGAAAGGGGAGGAGCUUGUCAAGAAGGUCCGAGGAGUGUUUGCCUUCCAGGUGAGCGACGGUCCCGAGGGGAGAGACGGGCGCUGGGUUGUGGACGCCAAGAACGGCAGCGGCUCCGUCACCAACGACCCGGAAGCGAAGGCUGACUGCACCCUGAGCAUCGGGGACGAGGACCUCCUGGCGCUGAUGACCGGGAAGCUCAACCCUCAGACGGCCUUCAUGCAGAAGAAGCUGCAGAUCAGUGGGAACAUGGGCCUGGCCAUGAAGCUCCAGAGCCUGCAGGUUAAGCCCGGAGAGGCCAAGCUGUGAGCCGCGUCACAUGACCUCCGGGGGCGUGGCGGCGGCCUCAGUCCAGCGGCGCCACCUCUCCCUUCCCCUCGCCAUCAAGGGGCCAUCUCUCUCUUACUGGUUUAUAAAGAAUCUAAGUUGUGCUGCUCCUUUUUAAUAAUCCAGGGACCACUGUUUUAAAACCGGCCAACAGUGAUGGUGGUUGAACCACAGCCCUAUUGAUGCUGGCCAUUCAAGUCCCUCUUUCUUGCACACUCUGUGUGUGUGUGUGUGUGUGUGUGUGUGUGUGUGUGUGUGUGUGUGUGUGUGUGUGUGUGUGUGUGUGUGUGUGUGUGUGUGUGUGUGUGUGUGUGUGUGUGUGUGUGCGUCUCUCUCUCUCUCCCCUUCUCUCUUUCUCUCUUGUACUAAAAUACUACACAUUUUGCUACGUUGUGUUGGCUCAUCUAAAGACUGAGCCAACACAUCUCUUCUGGUUAACCAGAAGAGAUUUGCCUUACCCAUAUAGACCGUAUGAAAUCAAACUGGUAUAUGUCCGGUAUAUACCUGGGGCUGCUGGUAAUGACACAACGUGACGUUUGUCUCCGCUCUGUCUGGCCAGAGACCUUACUAGGAUGUUCUUGCCAUGCAGCUUGAAGAGCUUAUUGUGCGUCAAAUGAUGAAAAGCUGAUGUCUGAAUCGGAAUCAUGAACACUGUCUUUUAUGGAAAGAAGAAUGAAAAUCUGUGAAUUGGAAAUACACCAAGUAACAAAAUAAAGAAAUUACUUUGAAUCAUGUUUCUCAUUUUGCUGGCAAAAUAGAUAGUUGCACAAAAUGUAUAAGUGCGCAAUUAAGUAUUCCUUUUUAUGGUUUAAGUUGUGACAUUUUAGAUGUUGGCCAUUAAAUCAUCAUCGUACCACCCUGUUAACUGGUGGUCUGUAAGACCCCUGCUUUUGUUGGUAAAAUAGAUAAUUGCACAAAAUGUAUAAUUGCACUAAUAACUACCUACUAAAGGUGUAAGUUUUUAUCGGUGACAUUUUAGAUGUUGGCUGUUAAAUCAAUCAUCGUACCAAGCUGUUAUUGGUUGCUCUAUAGCAGUCCUGUUGCGUUUGUUGAUGCAAAACACACGACUCGUCUUCAAUCACCAACCUUGGAUUCACGGCACUCAAGCAAAACAAACAAAAAGGCCUUGAACCAGUUGAGUUUAAUCGUUUCCCGCAGUCAACGCGUUCACCCCUGGGGGCGUUGCCUUGCUUCUCCCUGUCCACUGCAUUGAUUUUCUGUGAACCAAUGUCGGUGUUCCUUUGCCUUGAAUAUGCGUCCCAGGUCUAGAUCCCUGGGGCGUAUUCUGAGAUGGGCAGGUCGUGAUGAAUGCAGAUGAGUCGACCACGACAGGCAUGCUGAUCCCAGAGCUCAUGGUGAUGCUAGUUGAUGUUCUUCAACA